AUGAACCAGUUCUGCGACUCCCACAGCGAUUUCGCCGCCCUGCAGAGCGGCCAAAUUCAACCAAUGCCAAAUGUACUCUCAGUGGCUGACAAUUUGAAUGCACAAGAUACCAAUCGCUUAUUGGAUGACGGCGACACGAUUCAUGUACAGCCUGCUCGUCCUAAGAACAACACUCAACCCUCUUUGAACUCGACAAAGAACAACACUCCACCCUCUUCGAAUUCGACAAAGAAGAAAAUCAAACCCUCUCCGAACUCGGUAAAGAAGAAUACCCAGAAGAAAACCCGACCCUCUUCGAACCCUGCAAAGAAGAAGACUCAACCCUUUUCGAAAUUGGCCUCGACCACGCCGACAUAUGUCACUCAACCAACGCUAGAUGUCUCUUCAGCGAUUAACAAUUUGAAUGCACGGGAUAUCAACAGCUUGUUGGGUGAUGGCGACACGAUUCAUGGGCAGCCUGCUCGUCCUAGGAAGAUCACCGAACCCUCUGCGAACUCGCCAAAGAAGAAUGCUCAGCCCUCGUCGAACUCAGCCUCGGUAAACAUCUCCUCAGCGAACGACAAUUCGAAUACACAAGAUACUAUCACCUUACCGAGUAGCGACGACACGGAUAUGCAGGCUACUCCUCACGAGAAGGGCACUCAACUCCCUUCGGACUCGAAUCUCACCCGCGCGAUGCCACUGUCUUCCAUAGAAUUGUAUCAGACGCCGACAACCCCCCCUACGCUAUGGCUUAACCAAAUGGGCGAAAAUCUUAUCGCGAACGCUAUGGGGCUUGCGACCGACCCAAAAUUCGGCGGCGUAAUCACUAUCAUAGGCUUCCCGCCAAUACAUCAUGAAUUGGCCGCUUACAAGUCAAAGAUAGCCAUGAUUCCCACAGGACAUGCCCGCGGUGUGGCAUUCGACGACCAUAAGGCGCCGGGGAUCUCAACCUUAAGAUUGUGGCCCUCGAGCAGCUUCCGUUUGCCAGACUUGUCGCCCACAGCCGAUCAGCCUACGCUCGCGGAAUGCGAGACAUUUAUUGACAAACUAACCAAUACCCCUCCUAAACGUCCAAUUCAAUACUAUGUGGGACCCUCUCUCGCUGCCGACCCGUUUUUCUCAAAUCUAGACACCCUCCUUCAUCCGGGCCAGCAACUAUCGCAGCAUGCACCUGUUGCUGGCGUUAGCACCAUCUACUGGCAUGUGGGGAAGACAGGGUCUGGAACCGCUUUCCAUAAAGAAGAUGCGGACUUCAGGUCUUGGAAUCUAGCUAUCUAUGGCUGGAAGGCCUGGAUUCUGAUCAAGCCAAGUGAAACCGCCAAAUUCGAAGAGUUUGUGAGAUCCUUGGGGCCCUGCGGCGAUUGUGAUCAGUUUGUCCGACAUCAAAACUUGCUGAUCGGUCCGCAAUCCCUCAAAAGUCAGGGAAUUGGUUUUGAUCUACUCUGUGCCGGCCCUGGACAACUGGUAGUGACACAGAAAGGGCAGUACCACGCAGUCAUCAAUAUGACAGACUCCUUCGCCCUCUCCGUGAACUUUCUACUUCCGAACGAGCCACUUUUCCCGGAGAACAUUGAGUUCUGCGCGCUCUGCGGACUGCAUGUGCUCUACGAAGCCAAAUACCCAAACAAACUCAUACGCCCUCUUCCCUCGGGACAGCGGACCGCGCCAGCAACAAUUAGCUCUUCGAGGAAACGCCGAAGAUGA